UGCACUCACAAUGGUGUCAUCUGCAAUUCCGUCAACAUGGACGUCUUCUCCCCUCCACUCAACAACACCCCUUCUCCCUUCCACUCAACAACACCCCUUCUCCCCUCCACUCAACAACGCCCCUUCUCCCUUCCACUCAACAACGCCCCUUCUCCCCUCCACUCAACAACACCCCUUCUCCCCUCCACUCAACAACACCCCUUCUCCCUUCCACUCAACAACACCCCUUCUCCCCUCCACUCAACAACGCCCCUUCUCCCUUCCACUCAACAACGCCCCUUCUCCCCUCCACUCAACAACACCCCUUCUCCCCUCCACUCAACAACACCCCUUCUCCCUUCCACUCAACAACACCCCUUCUCCCCUCCACUCAACAACGCCCCUUCUCCCCUCCACUCAACAACACCCCUUCUCCCCUCCACUCAACAACACCCCUUCUCCCUUCCACUCAACAACACCCCUUCUCCCUUCCACUCAACAACACCCCUUCUCCCCUCCACUCAACAACGCCCCUUCUCCCUUCCACUCAACAACGCCCCUUCUCCCCUCCACUCAACAACACCCCUUCUCCCCUCCACUCAACAACACCCCUUCUCCCUUCCACUCAACAACACCCCUUCUCCCCUCCACUCAACAACGCCCCUUCUCCCCUCCACUCAACAACACCCCUUCUCCCCUCCACUCAACAACACCCCUUCUCCCUUCCACUCAACAACGCCCCUUCUCCCCUCCACUCAACAACACCCCUUCUCCCCUCCACUCAACAACACCCCUUCUCCCUUCCACUCAACAACACCCCUUCUCCCCUCCACUCAACAACGCCCCUUCUCCCCUCCACUCAACAACACCCCUUCUCCCCUCCACUCGACAACACCCCUUCUCCCCUCCACUCAACAACACCCCUUCUCCCUUCCACUCAACAACACCCCUUCUCCCCUCCACUCAACAACGCCCCUUCUCCCCUCCACUCAACAACACCCCUUCUCCCCUCCACUCAACAACACCCCUUCUCCCUUCCACUCAACAACACCCCUUCUCCCCUCCACUCAACAACGCCCCUUCUCCCCUCCACUCAACAACACCCCUUCUCCCCUCCACUCGACAACACCCCUUCUCCCCUCCACUCAACAACACCCCUUCUCCCUUCCACUCAACAACACCCCUUCUCCCCUCCACUCAACAACGCCCCUUCUCCCCUCCACUCAACAACACCCCUUCUCCCCUCCACUCAACAACGCCCCUUCUCCCCUCCACUCAACAACACCCCUUCUCCCCUCCACUCAACAACACCCCUUCUCCCUUCCACUCAACAACACCCCUUCUCCCUUCCACUCAACAACACCCCUUCUCCCCUCCACUCAACAACGCCCCUUCUCCCUUCCACUCAACAACGCCCCUUCUCCCCUCCACUCAACAACACCCCUUCUCCCCUCCACUCAACAACACCCCUUCUCCCUUCCACUCAACAACACCCCUUCUCCCCUCCACUCAACAACGCCCCUUCUCCCCUCCACUCAACAACACCCCUUCUCCCCUCCACUCAACAACACCCCUUCUCCCUUCCACUCAACAACACCCCUUCUCCCCUCCACUCAACAACGCCCCUUCUCCCUUCCACUCAACAACGCCCCUUCUCCCCUCCACUCAACAACACCCCUUCUCCCCUCCACUCAACAACACCCCUUCUCCCUUCCACUCAACAACACCCCUUCUCCCCUCCACUCAACAACGCCCCUUCUCCCCUCCACUCAACAACACCCCUUCUCCCCUCCACUCGACAACACCCCUUCUCCCCUCCACUCAACAACACCCCUUCUCCCUUCCACUCAACAACACCCCUUCUCCCCUCCACUCAACAACGCCCCUUCUCCCCUCCACUCAACAACACCCCUUCUCCCCUCCACUCAACAACACCCCUUCUCCCCUCCACUCAACAACACCCCUUCUCCCCUCCACUCAACAACACCCCUUCUCCCCUCCACUCAACAACGCCCCUUCUCCCCUCCACUCAACAACACCCCUUCUCCCCUCCACUCGACAACACCCCUUCUCCCCUCCACUCAACAACACCCCUUCUCCCUUCCACUCAACAACACCCCUUCUCCCCUCCACUCAACAACGCCCCUUCUCCCCUCCACUCAACAACACCCCUUCUCCCCUCCACUCAACAACACCCCUUCUCCCUUCCACUCAACAACACCCCUUCUCCCCUCCACUCAACAACGCCCCUUCUCCCCUCCACUCAACAACACCCCUUCUCCCCUCCACUCAACAACGCCCCUUCUCCCCUCCACUCAACAACACCCCUUCUCCCCUCCACUCGACAACACCCCUUCUCCCCUCCACUCGACAACACCCCUUCUCCCCUCCACUCAACAACGCCACUUCUCCCCUCCACUCAACAACACCCCUUCUCCCUUCCACUCCACAACACCCCUUCUCCCCUCCACUCGACAACACCCCUUCUCCCCUCCACUCAACAACGCCCCUUUUCCCCUCCACUCAACAACGCCCCUUCUCCCCUCCACUCAAUGACACCCCUUCUCCCCUCCACUCAAUAAGGCCCUUUCUCCUCUCCACUUAA